AUGACUUCUCGCAGACUCUCGUCAUCUCUGCUCCGACCAUUUCUCCGUCGAACUCCGCCACUGUGUCAGGCUCUGACCCCUUGCCGGUCAGUCUCUGUCCCAAAAUUUUCGUCUCGCGUUUCUACGAUCUCCAUUACAAAAUUCCCCCAGCCUGAGUCAUUUUCAAGAUUUGAGCCUGGUAAUGGUGUGGUGUCAGUGCUGAGAAGUUCUGGACUGGGAUCGUUCCAGCAGGUUGGGAUCGCACCACCUUUUGCUAACAGGUAUAUGACAACAGAGGCAGCUUCUGUUGAUUCUUCUUUUCAAGAUAGCUCGACACUGGUGCCUGAAGUUCCUUCUCGCAUCAAAUUUAAGAGAUUAGACAAAACUGGUCGGAACAUUAUGCAGAUUUUAGACAAGGAAGCAGUAGAGGAGGUGAGAGGGCAAAGAGAGAUACCUGACAUAAAGCCUGGUUAUAUUGUGCAACUCAAAGUGGAAGUACCUGAGAAUAAGAGGCGUGUUUCUAUUAUAAAAGGCAUUGUUAUUGCAAGGCGUAAUGCUGGACUCAAUACUACAUUCAGAAUUCGGAGGCAGGUGGCUGGGGUUGGGGUUGAAUCUCUGUUCCCUCUGUAUUCACCUAACAUAAAGGAGAUAAAGGUGCUAGACAAAAAGAAAGUGAGAAGGGCCAAACUCUACUAUCUGAGGGACAGAAUGAACGCACUUAAAAAUUGA